GAAAGCUAACAUCAAUUAUACAGAAUUUACGUCAAGAUGCGGUCGAUUUUGAUUACCGGUUGCAAUAGAGGACUUGGACUGGGACUAGUUCAACAUUUACUUCAACUCCCAAAUCCCCCUGAAAAAAUUUUCGCGACAUGCCGGGAUCCUUCAAAGGCUGAGAGACUUCGAGAACUUGCUGAAAAAUCAAAGAACAUUUAUAUCAUCAAAGCUGAUUUGACCAACUUAAAUGAGUAUGAUAGUCUAGUUUAUGUAAUUAAGGAACAUGUCGGAGAUGAUGGUCUUAAUGUAUUAUUCAACAAUGCUGGAAUGGCUACAAAAUUUACUAGAAUUGGGCUAGUUAAAGCUGAACAUCUGACAGAAUGUUUUUUCGUUAAUACCGUCGUUCCUAUUAUGCUUGUUAAAGCAUUUUUACCACUGCUGAAGAAAGCUGCUGAUAAGAAAAAUACUGGCAUGGGAGUUGAUCGGGCUGCAAUUAUUAACAUGACAUCAAUUAUUGGAAGCAUUGCUGAAAAUACUAUGGGUGGAUUUUAUCCAUAUCGAUGCAGUAAAACUGCUUUAAAUGCUGCUACUAAAUCGAUAAGUAUUGAUUUACAAAAUGAUGGUAUUUUGGUAGCUUGUAUGCAUCCAGGAUGGGUGAAGACAGAUAUGGGAGGUGCUAAUGCGCCUCUAGAUAUUGAUACUAGUUGCAGUGAUAUGGUUAAAACACUCAUGAAUCUUUCAGAAAAAGAUAAUGGCUGUUUUCUUCAACAUGACGGUACUACUUUACCUUGGUAAUUGAAAACUUUUUUCAAAACUCUAAAACUAUUUUAAAAAUAACUUGAAUUUAAAAAUAAAAAG